UCCCUCCUCCCUCCUAGCCCGGGAGCGCCGCGGGCUCAGGACGGAGAGCUGGCCGCGGGUCUUUCCGCGCGGCUGCUUCGGCUCACCUGGGCGCCAGCACCCAGUCCCGCUCCUCGUCCCCCCAACUCCUCCCAGACCAGCCGGUCCCUGGGGGAGCCGCGGCCACCCCCGCGCCCGGGGGUCGUUCCCUCGCCUCCUCCGGGUGGCGGGAAGGAAGAGGGGGCGGCGGCCGGAGUCGGGGCCGGCGGCCUGAGGUGAGAGCCCGGCCGGCCCCGCUGGGAAUAUGGCGACCGGUGGCUACCGGACCGGCGGCGGCAGCGGCGGCAGCACCACAGACUUCCUGGAGGAGUGGAAGGCGAAGCGCGAGAAGAUGCGCGCCAAGCAGAAUCCCCCGGGCCCGGCCGCCCCCGGUGGGGGCACGGGCGACGCGGCCGGGAAGCUCCCGCCGGGGCCCCUGGGUACUUCGGCCGCCGCUGCGGCCAACGAGCUGAACAACAACCUCCCAGGCGCCGCCGCCGCACCUGCCGCCCCCGGCCCCGGGGGCGUGAACUGCGCCGUGGGCCCUGCGCAGCUGAGUCGCGCCGCCCCCGGCCCGCGGCGGCCGGAGGAUGAGUCCCCCGCCGCCGCCGCCGCCGCCGCCGCCGCCGCCGCCGCCGCCGCUGCUGCCGCUGCCGCUUCGGGGGCAGCCCCCGCACGGGACGGCGAGGAGGAGCGGGACGGCGCCCUGGAGAAGGGCAAGAGCUCGGGCCCCAGCGCCAGGAAAGGCAAGGGGCAGAUCGAGAAGAGGAAGCUGCGGGAGAAGCGGCGCUCCACCGGCGUGGUCAACAUCCCUGCCGCAGAGUGCUUAGAUGAAUAUGAAGAUGAUGAAGCUGGGCAGAAAGAGCGGAAACGAGAAGAUGCAAUUACACAACAGAACACGAUGCAAAAUGAGGCUGUAAGCUUAUUAGAUCCAGGAAGUUCCUAUCUGUUACAAGAGCCAUCUAGAACAGUUUCAGGCAGAUACAAAAGCACAACCACUGCCUCUGAAGAAGAUGUCUCAAGUAGAUUUUCCCGAACAGAUAGAAGUGGGUUCAGCAGGUAUAACAGGGAUGCAAAUGCUUCAGGUAAUUUGGUCUCAAGUAGCACAUUGGAAAAGAAAAUUGAAGAUCUUGAAAAGGAAGUGGUAAGAGAAAGACAAGAAAACUUAAGACUUGUGAGACUAAUGCAAGAUAAAGAGGAAAUGAUUGGAAAACUCAAAGAAGAAAUUGAUUUGUUAAAUCGAGACCUAGAUGACAUAGAAGAUGAAAAUGAACAACUAAAGCAGGAGAAUAAAACUCUUUUGAAAGUUGUUGGGCAGCUAACAAGGUAGAAGAUUCAAGGCUCAGUGUGGAAAAAUAUUUUAAAACUACUGAUUGAAUGUUUUGGGCGCUAGGACAGUAUUCCUAUGCUGUAAUACAUUAAACUAACUAAGUAUGUAUAUUUAUUUCUAGAAAACAGUGGAUGUUUAUUUUCAAAAUAUUUCUUUUUCAUUAUCAGUUUCAAAAAGUAUCAACCUUUUAGUUCACAAAUAAGUAACAUCUUUUAGUUAUUAAACUGGUAGGUUAUGCCUCUUUCGGUUUUGUGUGGUAUUCAAAUAACAUAUGGUUUAAAGUCACAACCAUCUGAAUAUAUUUCAUCUAUGGUAGUGCAUUUUCUCCCUAAAAGAAUAUACAUAGUCUUUGUUUACAUGAAUUCAAAUACUUUUUAGGGAGUUACCUGCAAAUGCCUUAUUACUGAUGUGUGCAACCUUUUAUAUGUUGAUGAUUUACUCCUAAAGGUCUUUAGCUACUGUCAUUUGUUCUCUCAACUUAUUCUAAGCAAUUUAGAGGAACAUAGAGUCACACUCUUUUGUAUAACAGUCAUCUUUAAAAAAGGAAAGCUAUUAUAAAAAGUCAGUUAAUAUCAUAUACUAGUUGGCUAAAUAUAAAAUUUAAGAGAAUACUUGAAUUAUGCUAUAGUAAAUUAAAAUGUACUAUUUUGUAUUCAAAUAUUGAAAUAAAUUUAAAAUCACUUUGACUUCAGAAAAACAUACAAUUGUAAUUUUAAUGUAAAAUUUCUUAUGUAGGUACUACUUUUUUUUUUAUUAUUAUUCCAAGGUUUAUAAGUGAACAUGGGGUAUUUUAAAAGUUGUUUAUUCAUCAAGCCUAGAGAGUGUAUACAAUUUCAGUGUAGAAGGAAAAAAAAAUCCAUAUUUUUAAUUAUCAUAUGCAUUAAAAUCAAAACCAAAAUAUUUAUCCACAUUUAAAACAUUUGUACUUACUGUAACAAAACAGUAUGUAAACAGAAAUAAUACUGAAAUACUUUGCUUAAUUUCUAACUUGGAGGAUAACACUGUGACACAGUUGUUCCCAUAUGAGAGAAUUAUUCCCCUACCUCAAAUUUAAGGGAUUUUCUUCCUAACAUUGGAUUUAUAAAAACAAUUAUUUUGAAGAAUUAUACAAAUUUUCUCUUUUAUUAAGUAACAAUAAUGUUUAGAAUUAUUUUAUAUUAUUACAUUCUCAUGUUGAGUAAGGAAACCUUCUCCUUUAAAAUACAUUAAGAAAUAUCUGUCUGAAGUUGAAUCUCAAACAGUCUACUGGUACCCUUUUAUCCAAUUAAUGUAUGUAAAUGGCUUGAACAUAGUAAAAACCCAUUUUGGGUACCCUACUGACUCUUUUCCUUUUACGUGCUAAGCCACUUCAUUAUUCACUGUUAGAAAAAUAGGGAAGGUGAGACAGCUGGGAAAAAAUGCAGAGUAAAUGAUAAAUAUCAAUGUUGAAUACUAAAACUCUGCAAUAAUCUAGAUCGUGCCCUCUCCCCUCCCCCAUGCCCCCAAUUCAGAAGUUUCAACGUUGACUAAUCAUCAGAAUCAUUUGGGUUGCUUAAAAAGAAUUCUUGGGUUAUAGCUUCUAGAUAGGUUUAGGUUGAGACCCUGGAUAGAAUUUUUAAAGCUCAACAUCUAAUGAUUCUGUUCAUAACUUAUAUUUGGAAACAGCUACCCUUGCCUCUUUCCUCCUAUAUCUUCCAUUGAAAACCCUGAAAUUAACAUAAUUUUAGCUAUUAGCAUUUUUUCACCAUUUAGUUUAUUUAAUAAUUAACUUGGUCACUGGAGAACUUCACAUAUGUCCAUAUAUAUAUUUAGCAAAAAGUUCAAUGUUAGAUUACCAAACUUGAUAAAGUUGUAGAAUUACUGCAUAAGGGCAUCCUUUUUGGAGAAUAGUCCCAGCAUGGGAACAGUGAUCUGCUGCCCACAUGUCAAAGUGGUAUGCCAGGCUCAGUCACCAUCUUUGGGGGUGAAGUCCUCAUCUCCCUUUGUUUACCCUUAGGCGUAUGGCAGAAAUAUCGGUGUUGCCUAGUUUCCCAUCCAUACUUUGGAUGUUGUGAAAAUGGUGUUAGUAUCCAGCCUUAAAAUGUAUUUGUGUACUCGUUUUUCAAUAAGAGAAGUAUUUUGACUUUUCUGUUUAAUCCAUUUGGAAGUAAAGGAAUAUUUCAUUUCCCCCUUUAAAAUUAUGCCAGGUAUUAAUGCUUUUAAAGACCAAGCUGUUUUAAAGUUUUUCCUUUAUUUCAGUUUAUCAGGAGCAUUUCCAACAAUGAUCUUUUACAUAACGGUACCUAUGCAGGAGCCUGGCAACUUAGGCAAAGCAGUUCAUUUGCAGUCCUCCCUCCUGUCCUUAAAAUGUAUAUUUAUAUCACAUAUAGAUUUUUACACUGAAUAUUGAAAAAUAAAGUAGGAUCUGCUACAGUUUCCCUUUAAAUUUUAUAAAAAGCACGAGAUUUUAAAAAGGUUACUUAAAUACAUGUGCAUGACCUUAAAAAACUUGGCUAUUGUCAAUAAAGUGCUAGUAUUUGUGAAAUUAUUAGUCCCGUUCAGAAAUAAUAUUUCUUAUAUCUCUUGGGAAUUUGUGGCAUAAUAAAGCAUAUCCAAAGUUCUAAUGUGUUUAUGAUAUUAUUUUCAAAACAGUAAGUUUAUCAUCUUUAAAAUGAAUGUGACUCUCCUCCUUGAUUUCUGACAUGCAUAAACUUGGGAAUUACUGUAGUAAUAUCUGUUUCAUCUUUCUAGAAUUGUUACUAAUUUUAUUGCACUAUAGUUACCUUUAGAGAGGAAGAGGAAGGCUUUAGGGUGUGUAUUUCUAAGGGAAUUUAUUAAAUAUAGUAGAUUAACAUUGUAAUACUUGCUCAAGUAGUUUAUAACAGAAGGUUAAGUAUCAGGAGCAGAUAUCUGAAACAAUGUGUUUUUAAAAAUAACUUUCUAGUUGCAGUAGAAAGCAAUGUAUUCUUAAGGUAAAAAACCUACCUCAGUUACAUGUGGUUUCUGUUUUCUGGAUUACUCUGGAUUUUUAUAAUUAGAAAUUAAAAUGCAAGUUUUUGAGUCCACUAAUACUUUGUGGAAAAUAAUGCAAGUCAAUGUAGUAGCACGUCCGUAUGUUCAACACCAAAAGACAAAAUAGGAAGGACCUUGGGUUUGAUGAUUAAUCUGAUGUCCUACACAGUAUUCAUAUGUAUAGUGAUAGUUAUCUUUCAUCUUUUUUGUAGUUCUUUGAUCUUGACUCAGUACCUAGUAAGUUCAUGCAAUGUUGGCACUUAUUUAAUAACUAUUCAUAAUGUUGUUAAUAACCUGUUAUAAGAUUCAGGCAUAUAUUUUCAUCUUAUAAUACGAAAAACCGAACACCAGCUUAUCACUGGGGAGAAUAUAUUAAGUGAGAAGGAACUAACAUUCAGGAAUCAGAACUUUAAAAUAACAUGUUAAAGUCAGUGGUAAAUGUUCUCUUAUUAUAUCUAAACCAUUCCUAAUAUGUAACAGUAAACUUGACUUCUUUUGCAUUGGAACUAUGCUCUCAUAAAUAAAGGACAUCCCAUUGAUUAGGAUUGUAACUUGUACGACUUAUCUGAGAACUAGUGACACUUUUGUUGUUUCAAUAAACUGAAAACAUAGUACUAAUAAGACAAACAUUUUGCUCAUCAGGUCCAUCAACAAAGGUACUUCCCCCCAUCCUGUUACGUUUUCUCAUUGAUGUAUAGAAGUUGGUCAUUUCAUUCUCAGUGUAGACUUGAAUCAUAGUCCAAGAAAACCUGAGCCCACGUUGUUUUUUUAGUUUACUUAGCUAGAAUCUCACAGCAUACUAAAGUCAUAUCCCCAUCCUACCCCCCCAAAAUAAUUAUAUGUGAGAAAAAUAUGGUUGAGGGGGUUAUGUUAAAUUUUCAUACUUAUUCUUUCAGCAGGUAUUUAUUAGUCAACUGGGUAUACAAUUCUAGAUAUUACAGAAGUUUCCAAAAAAUGGACAUGGACCAGCCCUUCUAUCUAGCAUUGUACAAUCUGUAUAGUGUGUGUCAGUGCUAUCUUAAGAGUGCUAUAUCUUAAGUAGCAUUAGCCAGUCUAAUCUGAAUAGUUCAUUCAAAAGUAUUCUUUUUGUAUUUAUUAUCCAGCCAUUGUAUUUUAGGUCUGGUUAAUAGGUACUGUUUAAUUUGCUGCAGCAUUUACUGAGUGGUGGAUGAAAGACCUGAUGCAUUUUGGGAAGUAUCUUACCAUGUUUCUUUAAGAUAAUUAUGUAUUAUGAAAAGAACAUUUUAAAGGCAUUUGUAGCAGUGGUGAAGUAAAAAGAAUUCAGUUUAUGUCAGAUACACCAAACUGUUAAUGGUAUUCAAAUGUAAUUUUAAGUUAGUUUUUCUGUAUACAUUAUUGAUUACUGGUUUGUUUUAGGUAUUUAAGUCUAAUAAACAGUUCACAUAUUGGCAGUCACUUUGGUAAUAAUAGAAUGUUAGUGAUGAUCACUUGAUGGACAUUUAUUACAUGCCUGUUUUGUUUUGUUUUGUUUCCCCCUCUGGAUACCUAAUAGAUGUAUAUUACCUUUUUUUGGUGAACUUGUUUCUUGAAAGUUUUGACUGUGCUAUUCAGGGUUUUUAUUAUUAUGCUUUUCUGCUAAAUUUAAGUAUCAGAUGUCUGCUGUUACCAGUAAAGACCAUGAAAGCUAAAAUUACUGUUUUGUUGAAAAAUCAGCUAAUUCAGGUAAUGCAAAUUUGUAGAGAAACAUGUGGAUCAUUUAUUGAUCACAUUAGUAUUGUGUAGACAGCUUUCAUAAUUCCCAUUGCGUAGGUUUUCACUGGGGUAGUCAACGUGAUAUAGAUUCACUUUUAAUAUGCUUUGCAUGUAAAGUAAUAAAUACUCAAUAAAAAGUAAAUUUUUGUUUAAUUUUUAACACGGGUUAAUUAUUUUUUUCCUUCCUGUACUAUCGGUGAAACCCUGACCAUGAGUUUUAUUUUCGAAGUUAAAGGACAAUGUUAAUAUUCUCAUUAUGUGCCUCUUACUGAAACAGUAUGCAGUACUUUAAAAUCUUUAUUAGUAUAUUAUUGUAGAAGGAAUUGUAUUUUACAAAACAAAAAUAUGGUAUUGAUAAGAUCUGAAUACAUUCGUGGUGGGGCUUUUUGAAUGAGGAAGUGUACAUGUUCAACCUGACUAAAAAUUUUAAUUGUUUUUGUGUUUUGAAACUGCACAAAUAAUUUCUUAAUCCAAAAUUUGCUCUGUCAUCCACUAAAUCUGAUGGUGGUCAAAGAAUUUCAGGUCCCUCAUACUUAGAAAAGAUAGGUAGAGGUCUGGGAAUGUAAAAAUCCAGUCUGUGUUUUUUUAGUAAAUGGUUUACAUAACCUCUUGCCUAAUGUGUCAUUCUUCAUACACCUGCACAGGCUAAUCAGUCUUCUUUACUUCUAGAACUCUAAAUCUUCUCAGUAAUGUCAUACAUGUCUAACAAGUGAACAAGCAUCUUUCAGUCAGACUGUUUAGAUAAAGUCUCAAGUCAUUAUGUAAGAAUGUACUCCAUUUGCAAGUUUAUUGAAAAAAUUUGCAAGGUCUCCUAGUCUCAACUGGAACUGGAUCUCUUUAUCUUAGACUUCAUCAAAUCCCUAUUUUUUGUUUUUCCUUCUAGAUUCACUCUGUGCGUGCACACAAUUCUAUGAGUAGCUAUAAACUACCCAUAUGAUUUUUUAAUCUCAUGCCUCUAGUUUUCUCUUUUCACCUCUACAAGAGGUUACAUUUUACUCUCGGUCAGCUUCUUGGAAAGAAUUAUGUAAUAUUAGACCUUCAUGUUAAAGAGGUAGGGCUGGUUAUAAUACCCUUUACAAACCUUUUUUUUUUUUUUUUUUAAUGUCUAACCAUGUAAGGUUAAAAAGAAAGCAAAGCACUUCUCUCUUAAUUCUGGACCAAAUGCACAAUUCAAUUCUCACUUUAAAAAAACUGCUCUGACUGAAUAAAGAUGCUUUUAAUAAAGGAGAAUGCUACUUGGUGUCAGAUAGUUGAGCAGUAUGAAAAAAAAUUAAUAUGAGCUAGUUAGGAAAGGUAGAUUGGACUUUGACUUUAUACAUGUGAAAGAAAAACGAAAUAAGGGUUUUGACUGCUAGGUAUGUUUUUUCAUGUUGAAGUAUGAAAAAUUAUUCAGGAUAAAUUAUUGUCUUAGUCCAUAUAUGAUCAGCAGCUAUACCUGCUUAGAUAUACUACGGGACAUGAAAUUUACAGUCUAUAUUACAUUACAGGCUUUUAUCCAGGGAAAUGUUUGCAUUCCUUUGAAAUGUAAACUAUUUACUGUGGUUAAACAAAGGUGGAUGAUGUCAUCAGUGGACAUUUUAGCUUUAUGGAAGCAAAGUUUUAGGAAAAAUAAUAGAAAGGUAUCUGACUCCUUUUAUUAUUUUUGUAGUGCAAAAGUAUAAACAAAGCUAUCAGUCAAAGGCAUAGGAAAUUCCAUUUGAAGAACCUGCAAAUCAGUUUUGGUAAGAAUGCAUUCAUUUGAUACAGUGUUAAGAAAAGUAGGAAAAUUAUUAGCCUUCUGUAGCCGAUUGAAAGUUUCAUGAAUGGAUAAUUCAGGAUAGUAAACAACAUCACUAAUCUAAAGUAAAGUUAUGCCAGUAAUUUUCAUAUUAACUGUAUUCUUUAUUAUUUAAAGUAAAUCAGUUAAUCAGUGAACAUUGUAAUUGGAUAAAUGUACACUUCAGAAUGGUAAUUAAUGAUCAUAAGAAGACUAAAAGUACCUCUUGUUUCUUGUAACUCUUUUGAGAUCAGUAUAUCUUAAGUUCAGUUAAGCAUAGUGACUCAGUUAACAGUAUGAACAUAACUUUAACCUUAAUUUCGUAUAGCAUAAAAACAUUCAAUAAUUAAUAAUUCAGUAACCACAUAUGCCAGGUAUUGUGUUAAGUGCUUUAAAUAUUGUUUUUAUUUGAUUCCUUAAAACCUAUGCAAGGUACAGAUUGGGAGGUUAAUUUGCCCAAGGUCACAAAACAAUACUUUGUGCCUUUUGCUAUGACAUACUCACUUUCAUGCCAUAAUUAUUGUCCUAUUAAAUAUUUUCCCAGUGGUUCUCAAAGUGUGGUCCCCGCACUAGUAUCAUUGGCUUCACUUAGAAACCUGUUAGAAAUACAAAUUCGUGGGCCCCACCCAACAACAGAAUGAGGCGAGGCCCAACAAUCUGUGUUUUAACAAGCCCUUCAAAUGAUUCUGAUGCAGGUCAAAGCUUGCAAAUUUGCAUUAUGCACUUCUAUUUUUAAGCAAAGAUCUUGGUCCUCCUUUUGUCUUUGGACAUUAUAUAAGUAAUAUAACAUGAACUUGUAAAAAAAAAUGAUAUUUUCAUUGUUGCUUACAUUGCAAAAGAUUGUAUCAGGAAAAGCCUCAGCAUGGAUACUGGCAGCUUGACAUGACCCCAUUAGUUUAGUAUUAUCUCUGGAACUCAAAUGAAUUCUUAAGUCCAAGAGUCUGUGGAAUGAAAUCUUUGUUCUUCUGUGUUAAGGUCAAUCUCUGUUAUUGCCUGAAGGUUUUUGGUAACAGAAAUGCAUUUUUGUCAAAUUUUAAACCUUGAUGGGAACAAAUAAAU